CUUGCGGAACGCUUGCGGGCGAUUGGCGGGAGUCGGUAGGUCGACGAACCAGCCAAUCGCGAGACAUUCGUGCACCUGAAUUCUAAUGAGGCCCACCUGCGUAUAUAUGCGCUCACCCUCGAGAUCGCCGCUUGAUUUUUACAAGCACCUUCGGAGGAGAAGAAGCAUGCCGUGGACCAUGAAGAGCCUCUUCGCGAUGCUGCUGGUCGGCCUCGCUCCCAGCCUGGCGGCGGAGCAGCCUGCGAGGGUCGUCUGCUACUUCAGCAACUGGGCGAUUUAUCGCCCUGGGAUCGGCAGCUACGGGAUAGAGGACAUCCCAGGGGACCUCUGUACCCACGUGAUCUACUCCUUCAUCGGGGUAGACAACAGUUCCUGGGAGGUCCUGGUGCUGGACCCGGAGCUGGACGUGGAGAAGAACGGCUUCAGGAACUUCACGAACCUGAAGGAGAAGUUUCCCGGUCUGAGGACCGAGGUAGCAGUCGGUGGGUGGGGAGAGGGUGGUAAAAAGUACAGCGAUUUGGUAUCCAUCAAAUCUAGAAGAGACACCUUCAUCGCGAGUGUCGUGGCCUUCAUGCACAAGUACAAGUUCGACGGGUUCGACCUGGACUGGGAGUAUCCUGGGGCUGCCGAUAGGGAAGGGAAGUUCUCCGAUAAGGACAAGUUCUUCUACUUUGUCGAAGAGCUGAGGAGGGCCUUCGAUAAGGAGGGAAAGGGCUGGGAGAUCACCAUGGCGGUUCCUCUUGCCAAGUUCCGACUUCAGGAAGGAUAUCACGUUCCGGAAUUAUGCGAAAACGUCGACGCGAUCCACGUGAUGUCUUACGACCUCCGAGGAAACUGGGCAGGAUUUGCAGACGUGCAUAGUCCUCUUUACAAAAGGCCCCACGACCAAUGGGCCUACGAGAAGCUGAACGUCAAUGACGGACUCCAGCUGUGGGUGGACAUGGGCUGCCCAUCGAACAAGCUGGUGGUCGGGGUGCCAUUUUAUGGACGCACCUUCACCCUGAGCCAGAGCAACACCAACUACGAGAUGGGUACCUACAUCAACAAGGAGGCUGGAGGUGGAGAUCCUGGAAAUUACACACAAGCGAAAGGCUUCCUGGCGUACUACGAGAUCUGCACGGAGGUGAACGAUCCCGAUUCAGGGUGGACCGUGAGGUGGGACGACGUGGGAAAGGUGCCGUUCACCUACAAAGGAACUCAGUGGGUGGGGUACGAAGACGAGAAGAGUGUGCAGAUCAAGAUGGACUUCAUCAAGCAGAAGGGCUAUGCCGGUGCCAUGUCCUGGGCCAUUGAUAUGGACGAUUUCAAGGGUAUCUGUGGAGAUGCGAAUGCACUCACCAAGAUCUUGCACAGGAACCUGAAGAGUUAUGUUGUACCACCCCCAAGAGGCAGCACGACCCCCAGGCCUGAAUGGUCCCGGCCUCCCAGCACGACUCCCAACCCCAACGAGGGGAAACAAACCCCAUUAACGUCUACUAGAGGUAUCGAAGAGACCACCAAACCAAAUCGACCAUCCAGGCCAGUGCCCACAAAACCAUCGAAGCCCAUUUCCACGACCACACCUGUGGAGAUCGAUCAAGGAUCAAAUGAAAUCAAAUGCGCCGAUGAGGACUUCAUGCCUUCCAAAGACUGCACCCUGUAUUACCGCUGUGUGUAUGGAAAACCUCUAAAGUUCCAAUGUCGAGAUGGGACUGUUUACAAUACUGUCAAAUUCAUCUGCGAUUGGCCGGAAAAUGCGGAUCGAGAGGAGUGCAGGAAGAACUGAGAUCUCUCCUUAUCAGAGCAGAGUGUACAGUGAUAACGCUUUGAUAAAGAGUAAAAUAGUGUCAAAGGAUCCGCGAGAAGUCUCGAGCCGAAGUUUCUCUUCGAGAAUUGUGGAGCCCUCCGAAGUCUUAAUUGAUCAUUAUGUAUUAGAAAUAAAUAAUUAAAUAGAAAGAGAAAAAUCGAAA